CACGCCUCGGCGAAGGAUGCGAGGGCAUGGGCCCUGGACGCUCAAUCUGGAACGCCCUGCUUGACCUAGAGCCGUUGACUCGAAUCGCGCUCCCGGUAGACGUCUUCCGCGUAGCCCGGGAUUUUUUUUAUAUCUGCUCGCCUCUUCCCAUGGACCUGGUACGCAGCAUACACGCCAGUCAAGGUUGUACUCGCACUUUCUUUGGACAACGUCCCACGGUUCGUCUGCGUGCGACAGCCAGUCAACAUCAACGGCCACGGGUCGCCUGGAUUACUUCGGUGGAGCGUUCCCCGUAAUAGGGCCGAUUUCGUCCGACACGCCACACGUCCUGUUCUCUGACUUCUCUUCCCUUCAAUUCAUUGUACCGGCGACGAGAAACUACAGCCAUGGCCGAAUCAGACGAGAAACAUAACGUCUCUACGGACCACGUCGAGGAUAUCCAUGUCGUCAAGAAGGUCCACGCUGACGGCCAUGUCGAUCUCGUCGACACGCACGCUAUCGGAGGCGAGCUGGAUGAAAUGCCCAAAGGCUACUUCUGGAGUGUGCAGUUUAUAGGGACUGUAAUAGCUGUCUGCUGCGGCAGUAUCUGCGCCUAUCUCGGAUGGGUCCUUCCAGCCAACACUCUCACCCUCAUCAACGCAGAUAUUGGACCCUCAAAAGACCUGAACUGGGUAGCUACCAUCUGGACAAUCGGCAGCGCAAUCGGAUUCCUCCUCGUGGGGCGUCUUUCCGAUAUCUUCGGCCGUAAAUGGAUGGUUAUGGGCACGAGCGUCCUAGGCCUUGCGGGAUGCAUCGUUGGCGGCACUGCGCAGAACAUCGAUACGCUGGUCGGAGCGAACCUGAUGAACGGGAUUGCGGCUGCGGGCCAGCUGUCUUUCGGUAUUGUGCUGGGCGAGCUGGUGCCAAACAAGCACAGAGGACCAAUCGUCACUCUAGUGUUUCUGUCAUCGCUGCCUUUUGCUGUAUUCGGACCCAUCAUCGCCCGGACAUUCAUCACCAACACCGCCGCCGGCUGGCGCUGGUCCUACUACCUCGGCAUCAUCCUCUCGGGUAUCACCCUCAUCCUCUACCAGUUUCUCUACCACCCGCCGACCUACGACCAGCUGCACGUCUCCGGCAAGACCAAGUGGCAGCAGUUCAAGGAGCUCGACUUCGUCGGCAUCUUCCUCUUCAUCGCCGGCACCGUCAUCUUCCUGAUCGGUUUGAGUUGGGGCGGCACCACGUAUCCCUGGAAAUCCGCCGCCGUGCUCUGCACCAUUGUGCUCGGCUUCGUGACGCUCGUUGCCUUCGCGCUGUACGAGCAGUUCGUCUUCAAGGGCCAGGCGAUCAUGCCGCCGCGACUGUUCAAGAAUCUACAUUAUGUCGCCAUCGUUAUGGUUGCUACUGUUGGCGCUAUGGUCUACUACGCCCUGACGGUGCUCUGGCCCACCAUCCUCGGCACCGUGUACACGACCGACUCGAAGAAGAUCGGCUGGGCGUCGUCGGUCGUCGGCGGCGGCAUCCUGCUCGGCCAGGUAUUCGGCGGUUUCGCGCUCUCGUAUCUGCCCAAGAUCAGGUUGCAGCUCAUCAUCCUGUCGUGCAUGGGCACCGCGUUCCUCGCUGCAGAGGCGAGUCUGCGUGCAGAUGGAUACGCGCAGUUCAUCACACUCGGCGUCCUCGCUACAUUCGUCAUCGGCUGGGUCGACAACAUCAGCUUCCCCGGCGUCACGCUCCUCUGGGAAGCGCAAGACAUCGGGCUCGCCACGGGCGUGCUGGGCAGCAUCCGCGCCAUCGGCGGCGCCGUCGCGCAAACCGUCUACGUCUCCAUCCUCACCAACAAAGUCGCCACCUACCUGCCGCAAUACGUGGCCCCCGCCGCGACCGGCGCCGGCCUACCGGCCUCCUCGCUGCCCGCGCUCUUCGCCGGCAUCACCGCGGGCAACUUCUCCGCCGUGCCGGGCAUCACGCCCGACGUCAUUGCCGCGACGGGCGCGGCGACACAGCACGCGUAUAUCGACAGCUUUAAGAUUGUGUUCUAUGCGACUAUUCCGUUUGGCGUGCUGCUUAUUGUGUUUAGCUGUCUGAGCCCGAAUUUCGAGAAGUAUUUGAGUAUGAAUGUGGCGAAGAGGCUGCAGAUGAAGGAUGGGGGCGAGGGGAUUGAGAAGGCGGAGGCUGUGUAAAGGGGGCAUUGGUAAUGGGAAAUGCUACAAACUGAAAUGCCGUUUGGAGAGGAGAAGAAGGGACUUGAUACCACAUGAUAUUAUGAGCAACUUUGGACAUGUACGAUUUGUGUAGCGCGGUGUGUGUUAUGGGAACCAAAGACGUUGUUCCACGCGGGCGGAGGAAGCCUCUAAUUUGAAGUUUUGAAGUUCUUGACGUCCUCGUGCCAUUCCACGACGAGUGCUCUUCAUCCCUUUCCUUCCGCAGUACCUCCUUCCUCUAGCAUAAAACGUUCUGCCGACCCCUUUUCCCAGCCGUACUCCCAAAAACAUUUCCAGGCCUAGAACCCGUUCCCAGCAACCGAGAGAUCGCUCCGUAGCGCAUGUUCUACCACAUGGUGCUAAGAUACCGGCGGGACCUUGGUACCGGGCCCUUCGGAAGGGAUAAGAUCACCGCGUUCACGCAGGUACAGUACAAGUACACCGUAUUCGAC